CUCUUCCACUUGAUUACUGGUUAUGGAAUUGCUCGAGCACUCGGACGCGUACACUACAUACCUAAUUCUGCGUUUCGACCACAUGUACUAAAAUACUUGGAUAACUUCAAGAAGGUGUUUCCACGCCUCGAAGAGACCUACGUUGUUCCUAAGUACCGUUCGCCGGCUCAUGUUGUCGUUACGACGACCCCUCAAGUGAUUUACUUAAGGCUUCGGAACCACACUGCAACUCACCUAUUUCUCGCUUUCGAGUAUGGUCAAAAUCCACGCUACUUCGACAAAUAUCUUCACGAUAUUCGCAAGUUUUUGCAAUUUUCAUCAAGUGUCCGAAGAAAAGGAGACGAAAUCAUCGAAGGCUUAAAUAGGUACUAUUGUACAGUUUCUCUCUACCACAAAAAUUUCCGGAACAUCAGCUCUUCACGAUUGCAUGCACCCGUCAUUUCUCCUUCAACCGCAACCCGUAGUCAGGGAAUUUCUUCUUUUGUACUAUUUGGGGAUGAUCGGAAAUUCAUGCAUGACUUAGCUCGAAGGAUUGAACUAGCAGGACGUUGGAGGAAAGAUGCAGUGAUUAUUUCGAAUUAUACUGAAUCUUUGGAUUUGUACUUGUCAUCUCAGUUGUGCCGUUCAUUCCUUAUCACUGCUGCAACCUCAACAUUUGGAUGGUGGCUAGCGUUUUUCAUUCCUAAUCAGAGUGCUGUAUUCUAUAUGUCAGAUGGAAGAGGACAACCUGGCAAAAUUCCAGAGAAAGAGCUGUUCCUGUAUGUGUUUCCACUUAACUUUGUUACACCUGCACCUACACACACCUAUUACAUUAUAAAAAUUACCAACUUUUUCUCGUUCAAGAUUCUAGAG